UAACUCUCUUUUUAGACAAUGGACAAUCUCAAUCGCAUUCCGUUUACCUCGUUACCGAUAAUGCUCAACAACAUUAUUGGUGGAUUAUACGUCAAUUCCCAAAUGAAUACGCAAGAGUAAUACGUCGUCAAUUUAAAGUUAGUGAAAUGCGACAAUCUUGA